CUCAAUGCCAAGUGAAAGAAAAGGAAAAGCUUAAAGCCUUAUUUAAUUCCGAUUUCCUUCCACCCUUUGCAGGUGCGACUUGGAAAAAAUGAAAUGCGCAUUUUGCAACGUGGGUUCACGAGGUGAUCUUCAGCCAUUGGUGGCGCUGGCAUUCGGUUUUCGUUCCAAGGGCUGGGACGUGCUGUUGAUUUCAGAGGAACGCAGUCGUGGCAUCGCAGAAGAGUUCGGCCUGGAGUUUCGGGCUGUAGCCGGAGAUUCUGUAGGGAUCAUUUUUGAAGAAGAGUAUGCGGAGAUGUUGGCCAAGGGAAAGCUGAUGGCCAUGAUGAAGGAGACAGAACGUCGAAAGAAGACUUGGUACGAUCAGGCACUGAAUGACUGGGUGGAGACCACCAAAGAUGUGCAGAUGAUCGUGUCGGGACCUCUUAGUUUCCACGAAACAUAUUGUGUGGCCGAGAAGCUCGGGAUACCAUGGGUCCCAGUGAUGUACGGACCUUUGUUCCCUACAUCCGAGUUUCCAAAUCCCUUCGUAAUGGAAUCCAAUUGGUUUGGCUGGUUGAAUUUGCUGUCCUACAACUUUCUGUACUGGGCACUUUGGAUGCAGCAAGGAUCAGAUAUCAAUGCCUUUCGAACACGUUUGGGGUUGGAUCCUAUGACGGGAAGGCGGGGCCUCAUGAGCGUCAUCGAGGAGAAGGAACUCUUGCUCGUGGGUGCUUUCCAUGAAAUAUUCAUUCCUACCCAGAGGAUUCCGGCGGAUUGGCCAUCGAAUUUCUUCUUUCGAAACUUUGUAUUCGUUCCCAGAACACCAGAAGGGUCGGUUGAUACGAAGCUCAAGGAGUUUCUGAAGAACUGUGGCGAGGUUCCGCUGGUUUACCUUGGUUUGGGCUCCAUGCCCGCACCCAGACCACAAGAACUGAUGGACUUGGCCAACAACAUCAUAAGAACACUCAAGGUCAAAGCGAUCGUUUGUGCAGGGUGGACAGAUGUAAGCAUCUCUGAUGGUCUUGAAAAUGAGAUUUUGGUUGUGAAGUCUGUACCACAUGAUGUGCUGUUCCCCAAGUGCAAGGUGAUUUUGCACCAUGCUGGUGCUGGAACCUGUGCAGCUGCACUGCGUUCGGGUGUUCCUAGUGUUUGUCUCCCAGUGAUGUUGGACCAGUUCUAUAACUCCAAGCAGCUGAUGCGGCUGGGCGUGGCACCAUCCGCAGUCCCUUUCCAACGUGCCACAUCCUCCCAAGAGGAAGUUGUGGAGGCUGUGAAGUUGGCGAUGAAUUCAGAUGAGAUGACUCAAAAAGCCCAAGAGAUCGCCAAACGAAUUGAAGAGACUGAUGGUACUUCACUGUGUGUGGAGAAAAUUCUGCAAACAUACCCCAAACCUUAGAACUAUUGGCAUUGCUGGCAUGUACAGAACUGGCCCAACGCGUGCUUGAAUGAUUUUGAAUGAAGUAAUUAGUUUAGAUGUGUGUUCAGAUUUGAUGUUCAUGUUUACAUGUUUUGAGGCGAAAGUGCAGACCCAAGAUUCGCCAAGUUCGAAAAUGAUUCGAAA